AUGCUGAUCCCGAAUGUUUUAUUGGGGUUUGAAGGUAGUGCAGCAGGUGGCGAUCCUUCUCUUGAGUCAGAGAGUGAGACCUGGACUCUGCCCCCACAACUGUGGGAGAAAUACAGGGAUGUCUUUAUCGUCUAUCUGGGGUCUUGGCCUGUUGUCAUCCUGUGGGGGUACGAGGCGAUGAGGGAGGCCCUGGUGGAUCAGGCCGAGGCGUUCUCUGGCCGAGGGCACGUCACCAUCAUUGACCCUGUCUUUCAGGGAACAGGUGUGGAUUUUGCCAGUGGAAAGUCUUGGAAGGUUCUACAGCAAUUCUCUGUGACCACCAUGAAGGACUUUGGGAUGGGGAAGCGGAGUAUUGAGGAAUGGCUCAAGGAGGAACCUCAGUGCCUGGUGGAGGAGCUUCAGAAAUCCCAAGGGGCCUACCUGGAUCCCCACUCCCUCUUUAACUCCAUCACUGUGAACAACAUCUCCUCCAUUGUCUUCAGCAAGCAUUACCAGGAUCCUCAAUUAUUACAGCUCCUACAUUUAAUGAAUGAGGGCUCUGUCAUUAUCAGCUCCUUCUAUACAAAGGUGUUUGAAAUCUUCCCGGGCAUCUUGAAACACUUUCCUGGCACACACACCCGCUUGUACAGCAUGAUUCAAGAAGUGAAAGAUUUUAUCACUGAGAACAUGGAGAGGCACCAGAAGAUGCUGGAUCCCAGUGGCCCUAAGGACUUCAUUGAUUCCUUCCUGCUUCGCAUGGACAAGGAGCGCUCAGAUCCUGAGAGUGAGUUUCACCAGAAAAAUCUCAUUAACAUGGUGCUCUCACUGUUCAUUGCUGGCACAGAGACCUCCAGCGCCACUCUCAGCUAUGGGUUUCUACUCCUUCUUAAGAUUCUCGAUGUCUUUAGGGCAUUACUGUGUACCCCAUCCUGAGCUCUGCCCUCCAUGACCCAUGCCACUUUGAGAAGCCAGAUGCCUUCUACCCUGGCCACUUCCUGGAUGUGCAGGGCAAGUCCCAGAAGCCACAAGUCUUCAUUCCAUUCUCCAUAAGUGAGUCACGCUCUUUCUCCCCCAUGGCGAUGUCUGCUCACUCCCACUCUGUAUGCGACUCUCUCUCUUGAUCCAACUCCAAACCCUGUGUGAACAGUUUGGGAAAAGACGAGGAGUCUAAAGGAAAGAG